AUAUUUGUUUAUUUUUAUAUCAUUCCUCGUUGGGAUGGUGGUAUUUCAAUUUAACAUUUGUUCCUUUUCGCUAAAAGUUUCGCUGCUUCAUAUUCUAGUAUUCUUACUGCUGUUCUGCUAGUUUACUUGUCAAAACAAUAUAUUUGUGUUCGUUUUUUCAACUAAAACAGCUAAAAUGUUAAAUAUUUGACUGUAAAACAAUUUUAUUGGUUAAAAAAAUAUAUUCAAGCGAUUGGAUUUGCUUGGCGUUCACGCCUAUAGAACAAAAAAGAAUUGUCACGCAUAUAGAGAUUGUUAAAAUUCAAAAACAUGUUACUACACAAGAUACUAUUCUGUGACUCUGUAUGUUUGAGAUCUACCAGUAAUUAGAGCGGGUUACAUUUCUUCAAUGAUGCAGUUCUAUUUUUUUGUGUGCGAUAACUUAGCAUUAUUUUUUUUUUCUUGUUUUGGUUAAUAAGAAAAUAACAAUUCUAUUCAGAUGACACGGAUAGUAUCUCUAUACUCUCAAUGUGAAUAAAAAAGAAUAGGGUUAAAUAGAAUCUUCACAGUAUUUCAUUUGGUGAUUCAAUCCAAGACAUUGUAUUUCGUGGGAUAGCGAACAUGAUCAUCUUUUGGUGUCACGUGGUUUUUAAUAAGUCACUGUCUUUGAUUCCAAAUAUAAAAGAUUGCUGUAUUUAACAUGACCAUGCAGACCCGCCUCCGACCCUCAUAUUUUGCUAUAAACUAUGCAGACAAAGCCGUCGACUUAUAGUUGAUAAUAAUAACUUCGUAAUUGAAUCAAUGCUGGUUGUUGGUAAAUGUUGAUUACCAUCUUUCAUUUCUUGGUCUCUUUUUCUUGCUCGUUAAAAAAAAAAAUCAUAUUGAAUGACCUUGACUUCUUAGAACUCUAAAGGUCACGAUGACUCGCCUGUUAUUCAUUAGAAAAAAACUAAAGCUGUUUCUAGUGUGUGGAGUCUUAGCCUUGGUUUAUAUUUCGAUCAGUUUUAGAAUUUUGACAUUUCUAAAGUCGGAAAGUCUGUUGGUUAAGUUUGAGAGAAACAAAAUGGAACAUGUUCUGUGGACAGCACAACAUAAGGACAUUCAUCUUCCACAGACAUUUCAGACGGGUCUUAAUGAUAUAAAGGGGAACAAAUCAAAAUAUUCAUCAAAUUCAUCCUAUACUAAGAACGUGACAAAUCUACUGCACAUUUUACCUGCAGAUAACGACAUUCUUAACCAUGAUACCACCACACAAUUCCCGAGAUCAGUUGUCAAGACAGCACGACCUCAGAACGAGGCUAAUAACACAGACGUCAACGUAGCUAGAGGUUCGUCAAGAGUUGACGCCCCUGAGCAAGUACACCACAACGACUCGACACCAAGGGCGGCACCUAACGAAACACUUUUCUUAACCGGCACGUAUUUCGGGAGACUGGGCAACAAUAUGUUUAUCUACGCCGCUGUUGUGGGCCUAGCCAGAGCACUCAAGAGAGUUCCUAUUUUCAAAGAUGGCUAUUUGAUGAGCAAUAUACUUCAGAUCUCGCACGUGAAUCGAAAUAUUGACACUUCAAAGUGGUUAGUGGAAAAGCAAAUCAAGUAUGCUACGUUUGAACAAAAUUUAACGACCCUCCCCAAAACCAACGUGUCAAUCUAUGGAGCUCUUCAGAGCUGGAAGUAUUUUGAAAACGUUCAAGAUGAGAUUAGGCGGGAAUUCACGUUGAACUUGACCUUGCAGAAAGAGAGGGAUGCCGUGCUGGCAGCUUACAGGAGCAGACUGCAGAAUCACGUCCUCGUCGGAGUCCACGUCAGGCGCGGUGACUUGCUUGAAGAGGUGUACGUGAGGUGGGGCUACGGAGUAGCCAAUAAGUCGUUCUUUGCGAACGCGUUCCAUAAAAUGAGGUCACUUCUGCCGGGACAGAAUAUCACCUUCCUGGUGUCCAGUGACGACAUGCCGUGGUGUAAAAACAAUCUGGAUGACCCAAGCGUACAGUUGUUAUCAAACGGAAGCACUGAAUAUCACUUCGCCAUUUUGUCCGGCUGUGAUCACGUGAUAUUAACCGGCGGCACUUUUGGCUGGUGGAUCGCGUGGCUAGUUAACGGAAUCACUAUUUAUUAUGAAGACUUCGUACGGAAGGGCUCGAAUUUAUACAAAGGGUUCAGUGAGGAAGAUUACUACCCAUCAGGCUGGAUAGGGUUAAAAAACUGAUUACUUAUUUGUGAACUUGACUUUUGAAAGAUAUUGUUUUUGGAAACCUAGAGACAUGAAGCGUUAAAAGACUAUAUGAUAAGAAGUAUAUGGGUUAAUGUAUGCUUCACAUCAUUAGUGGAAUCUACAAGUUCACGAAUCAAAGAAACUUGAAUUCAUUUGGAAUUGAAACCAAAUUUGUAGUGUAAAUACUAGUACUUAAUUACUUCGACCUGGCAUGACUUUACCUGUACUUCUCUCUCUCGCUCUCAUUCUUUAUCUAGGCGGAUAAUGCCCUAAUUUUCUUAAAGAGUUUAUUUAUGCUGGUGCUUUGUGUCUCGAUCUCUCUCUCUCUCUCUCUCUCUCUUUCUUACUCUCUCCCUGUUUCUUUCUUUCUCUAGCUCCUAACAUUCUUUUCUGUUCAGUGUUUAGGAAACUAUGCCAUUAAAGCAAAACCAAAAAAAAAUAUAUUUAAGGGAACCUGCUUGCAUCGAUUCGAUCGUCAUUUUGUAUUCCAUGGAAGAAUCUCAUUCUAGCGUAACUGUAUUUGAUAAAACAAUAUUCUGUAAAAAAAAAAAAUUACCCGAGUUUGUGUUGAACAAAGAAAAAGUUUUGUUGUUAGUUGCAGUAGUUCAAGUUAACAAUUGUUUUAUAUAUUUUCCAUUUUGAGAAACAUUCUAUUUACAAGCUAAAAGUUAAUGUUAAAGUUUCUCUUCAGCCUCUUACACGUUAGAGACGCAGAUUACAAGAUUGUGUUGUCUUACAUAAAUACAACGUGAUUAUAUUGUUAUAAAUGAAGUCAAAAUGUUUGAUUGUAAAAUGGUUUACAUGUUUCGGAUUUUCAUUCAGAAGAUAAUCUACAUCCUAGUCUAAUAUUAACAAUGAAAUAACCCGGGCACGUUGCCCUGCCUCAUCGUGGCGCCCGCGUGGAAACGGCCAUUAGAGGAAGUGGCUAGGCUAAAUGGGUAGCAACACAAGACUCCCGUGGGAAUGCCCACGGGUAGACGAGAGUCCACCCAUUGUACGGGCGGGGUUGUAAAAAAGUCCCCACGAACACGUCCCACAUCCAUGCGCUGUUCCUCAAAGGGACCGUUACAUCAAUGGCGGUUCCCGCACAGCUAGCUUGGUACAACGAAGGAAAAUGGCGGAGGCUCCCGGUGCCCUCGGCCUUCGGCCAUGUGCAGCCAAGCAUGCGUCUGGGCCAAAGGCAUUGGAAACAGCAAUGUUUUACAUAG